AUGAGCACCCUUCCCUCCCGGAAACUCCUCCUAUCUCUGCACCUCAUCUCGCUACUCUGCCUUCCCCUCUUGCCGCACGGCCAAAUCUGCGGCAACACCGGCGGUAACUACACGACCGGCAGCCCCUACGAGUCCAACCUCCACCACCUUCUGGCUUCUCUCGCCUCCGCAGCCCCUGCCUCCGAUGGCUUCUCCGCCGCUGCCGCAGGCGAGUCUUCUGACCGAGUGUUCGGCGUCGCCCAGUGCCGCGGCGACGUCAACGCCACCGACUGCCGCGCCUGCCUCGGUACCGCUUCCGCCGGCAUCCUGCAGCGCUGCCCACACAGCAGAACGGCCGAAAUCUUCAUGGACCAGUACUGCCUGCUCAAGUACUCCGACCGGAACUUCACCUCCUUCCCCGAGACCUCGGAGCAGACGUUCGCGUGGAACAACAACAACGCGACAUUCCCGGAUUACGCCGAGGACGCCACCGGCUACAACUUCGUCAACCAGGUGCUGGACACGCUGCUGAGCAGCAUCGCCGAUGCAGCCGCGUCGAGCUCGAACUCCGUCAAGCUGUUCGCGACCGGCGAGCUGAGCACCACGAAGGGUUUUCCAACGACAUACGGGCUGGCGCAGUGCCUCCCGCACAUCGGGGGCUCGGAGUGCCGCCAGUGCCUCCAGGGGCUCGUCAAUGAGACACUGAAGUUGUUCGACGGGCGGCAAGGCGGCCAAUUUCUCGUCGGCUGGUGCUAUUUAAGGUACGAAGUGUACUUGUUCUACUACGGGAAGCCGACGAUAAGCCUGUUUUCUUUUGCACCGGUGAACCUGCCCAGCUCGCCGCAGCCUCCCGGCCCUCCGCAAAUUCCAACUAAAAGUGAGGAACUGCACUCUUUAUGCCAUUCUCAUCUGUAUAUGCUAUACAUAAAUAGUGUACAUCUUACAGCCAUGCACUCUUUAUGUCAUUUUCAUCUAAAAAUAUGGUGGACAUCUUAA